AUGUGCAGAUUUCCAGCCAAAUGGGAAGGUACCUGGUUUCAAAGUGGAGUCCGAUCUUUAAUUACAAUUGAAAUGAAUCGUUUAAGCAGUAAAGGAAGAUGUUUAGCAUCGGAUGGUGAUAAAUUUUUAGUCGUCGACGACGUUUGUUACCGAUGCAUCGUCAUUCAUGAAAAACACAUAAACGUUCUUCAAUAUAAAGAAACUUUUUGUCACGAUCGAAAUAAUCUUUACAGUUUAUGUUCUCUCAUCACUGGAGAUGCUCUUUUAUAUAGUAUGUUUAGAUUAAAUGCUCAACCAGUUCAUUGUCCAUUUAAACCCCCCAUGACGUUUACAUAUAGCAGAGGUCACGGAGAAUGUAAAAAUCCGGUUUCCAGUUUGGACGGAUGCAUCGAAGAAUCUAAAAUAGUUUUGAGGUAUCAGGCAUGUCCCGACGUUUCGGGAACCGAAAGUGCUGUUGAAGAACUUGAAUGCGUUGCCACGUGGAAAGAAGGAAGUUCAAGAUAUUUAGUCGGGAAAGUUUACCACAGUCACAUAACAUCAAACGAAGAUCGAUUUCGUUGUUUUGUCUACGAAAAAGCAAAUCCUCUACAAGGCAACGAAAACACCCUUAAUAGAAACGAAGGGUAUAAUAUUUUCUUGGGUGGAGAAUAUGGGACAUCAGGGAGAACCCAUGAAAAUUUUGAUUUUAGACUUGCUCAAUCUGGUGAUGCUACUUGUAACGGUCUUUUUAGCCCUAUGGAGGGCUCGAGAACUAUGGCAUUAAAAAAAGGUAAAAUUCCUUUUUUUCAAAGUGGGUAUGUGUGUUUAUGGUUUUAUAGAAGAGAUGUUCACGUUAUAGAAGUUCAAAGUGGUCCGACAACGAGAAGAAUUGAAGAUGCAUGUCACGCAUCACAUUUUAAUUUGAACAUGCCCUUUGUAACUUUAGUCACGACCAAUCCAGAGCCCAGAGAAUGUCCAUAUAGUGGAAAAUUUUCUGUCGCCGGUAUAUCACAAAUGGAAAGGCAAAAGCGCUCUCCAACAAUAAACGGAAAAGCAAUAAUUAAUGUAAGUAGUAGUGAUAAUAUAAUAGUAGAUAAUGAAAUUAUGAGCGAAAGGAAAAGGAAAAAAGGAAGCAAUUUGAAAAAAAGGAAAAGAAAAAGGAGGAAUAGCGUUGAUAAAGAAGAAUCGUGCGAAGAUGAAAUAACGACUCUUGAAGUUGGUUGCGAUACUAGUGACACGUUAGAAUUUCGAUCUCAGUGUGCGUCUUCGAGAAUAAUUUCCGAAUACAGUUGCCACGGGAGAUGGACUGAAAACGAGACCAAUUUUCUUAUAACGACACCACAAAGUAGAACGAGCAUAGGUGCAAAAAGAUAUUGUUUUAUUUACAAAGAAAUAAAUGGCGUUAUACAUUUUUCAAGUUCGAGUCAAUCAUGUGUUAGAAGUAUUAACACGGGUGUCGAAGGUGUUCUCGCAUUUAAUGCUACUAGUUUAGGUAUGAUGACGUCAAAAAGAAAAUAG